GUUCAUAGAAUUUAAUCAAUAUUGGUAUUAACUGCAAUCAAAGAUGGCUCACAAGGAGGAGCCCCAAGAAGGCAAGAAGCGCCGGGUGCCGCUAUACCCCGGCUUUCCUGAACUGGCCAGAUCUGACGUCAGCAUUUAUCCUUCUUACUCAAAGUUGGCUUUAGCUUACCGAGUGGUAUGCCGCCACCGUUACCACUUCGCCAAGGUAGCCCAGCGCAAGCAAUUCAUGAAGGAACUCCUCAGCUUCGAGAAACUCCAACCUAACGCCUUGGACGGCGUCCGCGUUCACCGGGAGUUCUCCCAAGGCAUCCUAUCUCAUAAGAUACCGCCGCGGAGGUACAUACAGAAGUUGACGCCGGACCCCCUGAACUCGCAUCAGAGAAUGAGGGUGGAAGAGAUUAUAAGCGGACGAGUGGAUUUCAGCCAGAAAUAA